GAAAGGAAACAUGACUUGGUUGGGAGGAAAGAGGGAGGGGAUAAAGGAAAGGAGGGGAGGUUGACUGAGGGAGACAGGGGACAGAAAUAAGGAGGGAACUGAAGGAAAGGAGGGAAGGUGGAUUCACAGAGGGGAGUGGGAUGAGGGAAGGGGAUGUGGAAAGAGGGAGGGGAUAAAGGAAAGGAGGGAAAUGAAGAUAAGGAGGGGAGGUGGAAUGAGAGAGACAGGGGACAGAAGUAAGGAGGAUAGGUGGAUUCAGAGAGGGGAAUGGAAUGAGGGAAGGGGAGAGGGUAGGUCUGGAGCGCACGGCCCGCCUUCACGCUCCCCUCCGUCCUCUCUCACUCAGUCUGGCCAGAGCGUCAGAUUAGAGAGGCCACCUUCCCAAGCCGCUCCGUCCUCCCUCUGACACAAGGAUGGCGCCGCGUGUGUGUCCCCAGCUUCGAGACAACCCCCUCCCCCUCAACCUCUUCCUCCUUCUCCUUCUGCUGUGUCUUUCAUCUCUCUGUGGUCGAGUGUGUGGCGAGUGUGAGCUACGAAUCCCCGACUGCAACGAAGACAGCUGUGUGGAGAAAGUGGAGUGCCAGAACGGGCAGUGCGGCGAGGACGGCGUGUGCGAGUGCUACCCCUGCUACUCCGGGCCGGCCUGCGACGCCUACGAUGAUAAAUACGACCCCAGAUUUGCUAUUCGCUGGGACACAGUCAUCAUAAAUACAGGUCAUUCUGGAGUGGUGUACCAGGCUGCCGCGGAGGAUGAGGACCUAGGCCUAACAUGUCCCCUGGGCCCAGGAGAACACACCCGCUGCCCGUGCGCCGCCAUCACCUACACCCUCCAGCCGCCGCCCAACGAGCCCAGCCACCCGCUCUUCACCAUCCACGACUCCUCCGGACAAGUGUUCCUUCGAGACGGGGCGCAGCUCGAGCCUGGCAACACCUACAACCUCGAGAUCGUCGCCCACAGCACUAACGACAGCCGCCGAAACGACUCCCAAACGCUAGCGGUUCUCGUGCAUAGCGACGACCCCCUCUACAACCUUCUGCAGCAGGAGGCAGCCGUCACAUCCUCAGAGGAAGAGACCGAAAAGAGGAAGGAGGAAUGGUUCAAUACGACCCACUUUGUCUUCUCCGAGAACGACCCGGACUUCGAGGAGCCGCAGAGUCUUACCAGGAAGAAGCGUUACUCCACAUCCACUGCCAACGAUUACUCUAAGCUGAACAUCACCAUGAGCCGCGUGGGCACGCUACCCCCUGCCCAGCUGCUUGCCGGCAUCACCGUCAACUACAAGACCACCAUUCUGCUGCCGACCAUCACCACACCCAUGCAGCUCCUGGUGGAAGUGUUCUCGAUGGACCCCGUCUCAGGCAACACCGCCUUCGCCCUGUGUGACAUGAAGGUGACCUACAUCGGCACUAUGAUAAAGACCGAGGGUGGGCUAACGCUGGAUCCUGACCAAGUGAAGAUAAUGACGACCAAGAGUGAGAAGUAUGCCCAUGUGACCGAUCGCGCCUACUUCGACUUCGGCAACAUCAUCAACACCGACCCGUACGUGUUGGGGCAGACGGACUACACGGACAGCACCAUCACCGUCGAGUUCUCGGCCACGCUCAUCUCCAACCCAGACUACACCAACACCAGCGCCACCGUCACCAUCGGGGCACAGUACGACAACAACAACUACAUCUACGUGGGCUCGGACAAGAUGAGCUACAGCAUGCUGCCGGGCACCUACACCCCGAUGAUCACCCUGGACGCCCCCACAGAGGUCGCCCAGUACGCCGGCGCCACCUUCCUACUGGACACCUACAUCAACCAACCCUUCGAGGACUUACUCUUGCAAGUCUGGACACCCACCACCGCCGCCUUCGACGCCUUCAGCAUCACCAACAUGGGCGUCGACAGUGUGGGUGACAACUUUGCCUGUUCUCCUGCCGGGUUUGUCACUUACUACCCGUCAGUCUCGCACCGAACCAACGUCAUGGGAGAGUACACGCAGAAGCUCAUCACCAAGAACGUAAUUUACCCCUUGGCGACCGACCAUCACAACAACCCGGCUAAUCGCAUGCGGUUCUUCUUCAACGUGUUCGCGAUGGAGGCCAACGUGGGGGACACUGUGGACGUAACCAUCGGCCUUGUCAUGGGCACCACCUCUAUUUACGCGCAGACUACCACGCUCACUGUCACUGCAGGAGUUAUACCCCCGGUAGCGUCAGGAACACCCACCUGGAGCGCGAUCACGGCCCUCACCCCAACGGCUGUGGAGAUGGGCCAGGUCGUCACGUGGGCAGCCACCAUGACCCUCCCCAGCCUGGGCAACAUCGAGCUGACCUGCACACUGGACGCCAACGUCGGGAACAGGGUGUGCGGGAUUGGUUACGGGAAGGUCGGGGCAAACAUCGCCAACCUUCCAGACCUGAGCAGACACUUGGUCUUCAAUACGGACCUCUCAGCGACCUUCACGCUCUUCUACAACUCUACGGGCAAGGCUGCUGAGGCGGGUGCUAACGACAUACAAUUCGAGUUCUCCGUGACCGUCAGCACAGCACCAGCCGGGGCCGUAAUUACCUGUUCUCCAGGGCUCAGCGGUACUGUCGCUGCUACUAUUAUAGCGAUAAACGAGACAAAGGAACUCCGCGCCUGGAUCAGCCCCAUGACGCCCACCGACACUGUGUGGUACAAGGGGUCACAGGCCGGGCUCCUCAUGAGGGUGGUCUUCCCGGCCGGAGGGAGGCCGUACACCAACCUGCUGGCGGAGUCAGUGUCGGAUGUGGACGAACCACAGUGGGGCGGCCGGACGUGCUCGGCCCGGGUGGUGAAGGCCGGGAGGGGCGUCCAGUGCGUGGCGGGGCGACAGGCCGUCAUCAACGAGGGCGCGACACGGCUUAACGCGCUGCUGGAUCGACCUUUCGAGGACACCGCGCAGCUGUCUCUUGGCCCCUCCUGCGGCACACAGCGAUCGGGGGUCUCCAGCGACCUCGAGUUACUUAUCGAGAUGUACUUCGACAUGCCAACUGAUCAGUCUUUCUUCGUAGCGGGCAGUUACAACAUUAGCGCGGGGCUCAGCCUGGACGAACGGAUCAUCUGGACCGCCUGGGAGAGCGUCAGCCUGGCCAGUGGACCGCCAAUCUACGAUGCCGCCAUGGCCCCAACCCUGGCCUUCCUCACCAGCAGCAUCCCGACCACAGUUGAGCCCGGCAUCCCUCAGAUAAUCCAGGUGCUAUUUCGGACCAAGCCUGGCAGCGUGAUGCCGUACAAGCUCUUCGUCUCAGUGGAUGACACUGCGGUGAUUGGUCUGUGUCGAAUUCUCAUCCUUGAAGUGGGAGACAACUUUCCGUGUGUAGACCGAGACCCGUACGGCAAGGAGAACAACCUUUACCAACAAAACACCAUUCUGCACGGCACCGAGUGGACCCUGGGCGCAACGGUGGACAUGGGCGUGCUCAAGAACCUAGGUAAUGGGUCCUACGUCGAGGGUAUCAUAGCCGACGAAAACUCCAUCGUGUUCGGCGUGAUGAUGCGAGGUAUGGCGGCGGGCUCCGGGACGCUCACUGUGAUCCUGGACGCCGCGGGGACACAAACCACCCUCACCCAGGCGAUCACUGUAGACGCCGCCCUCACUCCGAACUUGGCGAUGACCUCCUUCUUAACAACAGACUCUAUGGACGCUUACGAGGGAGUCUUGAAAAUGAUGGACUUUGUGUCGGUGGUUCCAGCAGGGUACAGGAACACAAUUAAGAUCACAAUCACCAACAACGCUCCGGCUGACAUCACGUUGUGCUUCGGGGCCGUUGUGGCGGUGGGCGAGAACUUGCCGUGCCUGUUUCCCAACCUGGUCGUCGGCUACAUGACGGAGGACACAGAGACGCUCCAGGUGUACCAGUUGGACGUGAAGGAGGUGUGCCAUUACCCCUUCAACGAGAGCACCGCGGAAGACCAGUUCACGGUGCGGUUCGGAGUCAUGUUCCUGCCCGCGAGCGCUUCAUCAGCCACACUGUCGAUCGUUGUGCAAGAGGGCGGCGUCGACCUCACUCCCAACUCCUUGACGCUGAACAAGCUGGUCGAUGCGUACACGGGCUCGACAAACAGCACGGGAAUUUUGGUGGAGCCGAUCAGCACCACAGUGGACACGGUCAAGCCGGGCCAGCAGCUUUGGGUGGGCAUGGUCCUCUCGUUGCCCAGAGAGGUCACCACUGCAGUCGAGUUCGCGGCCGUGACGUCGUCGGACGGAGGAAGAGCGUACGCCACAGUGUCUGACUUCAGGAUUCCGCCAGAAGGCAUGGGCACCAACAUCGGCUGCAUCAUGCUGGACAACACGCGGUACUCCCGUCUGCUCACCCAGAACACGUCGACCAUUCCCAUGAUACACGCGUCGCAGACAGACACACUUGUUGCCGACCUCCUGUACCUCACUAACACUGGCGUGACGCAUCUGCAGAAGACAGCGCAGCCCAAGGACGACCAGUUGUGGAUCGAGGCGCUGGUCACGAUUGCCGACCACCCCAACGCCACCAACGGGGCCACCCUCAUCAUUAGCUUUGCCAUCAAGACUGGGGACGGCAUCUACGUGUCCAACAAGACCCUCAUGCUGGACAAGUCAGCCACGCCGGUCACUGUGGCCCAAACGGAGUUGAUGCUCACCGACAACACCACAACCAUCUUCGAGCAAGGGGAGACCGUACCUCUCACCCUCCGCGUGUAUCACUUGCUCAACGAGUCGUCACAGGAGCUGAACGAUGCUUGUGUGCGAGUGCUCACGCCCAAGUAUAUCAAGUAUGUGGAGAACACCGACACCUUCGCCGCCAACGUGACAGGAAACAUCACCGCCUUAGAUUACGUCGACUACUGCUUCGAGCAUUUCUUCUUCACCGACAACCUGGAGGCCAACUUUACCCUCUCUGUGGACCCCGGAGCAGAGAUGCCGCUCGGCCUGGGACUCAUAAAAGCCACGACCCUCAUGAGAUUGUUGGGCUCCACUAACACCGACACCACCAUAAAGUACUUUGGACACACGAGCUUUGUGGUCUACGAAGUGAACGCCCCAGACGUAUACGACCCCUUGGGCCUCGCCACACUGCAGGUGUGUCAGCUCAGCGCCUCGGCCGCCAUGGACGCCAACACUAAGCCCGAGAUGGCCCUCCCUGGCUCUGGGGGAGGCUGGAGUCCACCUGUGACUGUGGGGGCGGCCUGGAGGCAUUACCUCACCAUCGAUUUCCUUAGAAAGACUAGGGUAACAAGGAUAACUUUCCAGGAGGUGACAGGAAAGCUCAGCAUCAAAACUUUCCGGCUUCAGAUAUCUCAGUCCGGCAUCUCCUUCUCCGGCGAGUGCGAGGUGGAGGUGCCAACAACGGGGGUGGUGAACCUUCAGCGCGAGUGUCUGUUCGAGGCUCGCUUCUUCCGUAUCGUGGUGCUGACGGCAAGCACCGGCCUGGGAGGGACAGAAACCACCCCGGAGAGCACUGCGUUGGGUGUGAGCUUCUUGGAGUGGUACGGCGGCUAUCAGAUUGAGGCCAUCGCCCCUUGCACCACCACCCUCCAAACGCGGAUGUCGGACAACGCAAGUCAGUGGAGGAGCGUCGCCUACGACCCCACCAACGCCAUUGUCUACUUCUGCGACGUGAGGCAGCGGCGGGAGGUAAAGGGCCUCGAGAUGGCCUGCUUCUCCUCUACUGACGGCACCACGUGGGCAGCUCUACCGUCAUACGUCGGGCGACUGGUGGGUUACGACGCGACCAACGGCAUGAUGUGUGUCGCGGACAAAAAGGACAGCGCCUUAGUGUGCAGCAAGGACGGCACGACGUGGAAUAUCAUCCCUGACGCUGACCAUGCGACCAUCCUGUCCUCGGCCACGCCCCCGACGGCUGUGCCCGGCCUGCCCUCUGGCCAACUCACCGCCGUGACGCUCGAUGGAGGCUGGACAGCUGACUAUACUGGCGUGGCCAAGGACGGGACAUACCACGCCAAGUGGGCCGACUGUUGCACCUAGGCGGCCAAGCCACGUGCAGCCAUAAGCAUCGAUGGGCUGCUGAACAAACCACCUUCCGGGGUCACACAGACCCGCGGCCUCUCAGCAGACCUGAGCACCACAAAAACAUCACUUUCAUAUCAUAAAAUAGCCUUGGUACGACCACUAUUAAUCCCCACGACACUGUGACAGACUCCUAUAUAUGCUUGUAAAUAUUUUUACAUUCCAAUAAUAGUCUGGCGAUUUUCGUUGGGAGGGAGAGAGAGGGAGAAAGGGAGAGCAGUUGAGUUCCUCUCGAAACCUACAUCAGACUCACCGGCAAGAUGUACAAAACUUUUCAGAUGCACUUUUCCUUUCAUUCCCAAGUUCCCCGCCAACACGCAUUGCCAAGUCUCGAUAAUGGCCACAACCACCCGUCCCUGCCCUCCGACCCAGCCCUCCUCCCCCCCCCCCCCAUUUCGUUGCGUCACACAAUUUUGUAAGCGGCGCCGCGUGUGAUACUGCGUGCUGUGGUCGUUGCUUUUGCUUUUGCAGUCGAUGUUGUGGCGGUAGCAGAUUUUGUUAGCGUGGCGGAGCAAGGGAGGUGGAGGUGGACAGAGCUUUGUUAAAGUUUGCCAAUAAGAUCUGAAAAACGUUCAUAUUUUUUCCUUUUAUAACCUUUACAACUACCGGCGCUAUUUUCUAUGGAAGAACGUUACUCUAUCUUUUCUAAUUGUCUGUGUGUCUGUCUGUCAGUCUACUUCUCUACCUCUCUAACUCAGUCUUCUCACUCUUUUUAAAUGUCGCAACUGUGUGUGAACGUGCGUGUGUGUGUGUACAUGUGUGUGUAGGGGGGGGGGGAGGGGUAUGCAUGAGUGAGUGCGUGUCAGAUGGGGGCGCUUGGAACAGAACUGAAGAAAAAAAUACUGGGACUUGAAACCUGAAUUUAGGUCAAACCAUUUUCAGCGAGCUUCCCGGGAGCCUCCGGGAGUGCUCCGCGCCUCACACCUCACCUUAUCCAAUCGUCCGCUGACUCGAUCGCACACUGGCUGGAAGUAAGA